CCGACUCUCCGUGGCCGGGCUCUGUGAUUUCUGAGUUUCGCGAUUCCAGUAUUUGGUAGUCGAAGCAGACUGAGGUGACACAAUAAUCGAUCGUCUGGCUACAACAUAGCAGCAUACCGACAAGAUGGUUUUCAUUCUUGGAGUCAACUUUUCCGAGCAGAAGCUCGUGAAGAAGGCGCUGGAGUCUUUCUUUGCACUCGGGCCGACCACAUCGCACCGCAUCCUGGCCAAGUACUCGAUCCACCCGAUGGCCAAGGUCGGCACCCUGGCCCCCAAGACCGUCACGGCCCUGACGGCAGAGUUAUCGACGAUGACGAUAGAGAACGACGCGCGGAAAGUCGUACAGCAGAACGUCAUGAGACUAAAGGACAUGGGAAGCUACCGGGGGAGACGACACGCCAUGGGCCUGCCCGUCAGAGGUCAACGGACGAGGACCCAGAUCGAGUCAGCGAAGAAGCUUAACCGCGCGGAUAGAAGAUGGUGAGCGAGCGGCACGGCUGGUUAAGAGGGAGAGGAUGCAUGGCUUGGAGUUUUGAGAAGGGUCUCUUGCCUGAGAUCAUCGACUGUACAAGAUAGACGGGUGUGUGGAGCACCUAGGCAUGUAUGAAUAUGAUAUAACUAUACC